ACUAACCUUUUGACCUUUCGAGCAACAGGUAUAGGUUUCAACAGGAUAUCUAAAAUGGCCGAAAACGUUGGGGGGAGCGGCUCAAACGACGACGAUGGUUUCAGGGAGCAAGAUCGGUUACUUCCGAUUGCUAACGUCGGCCGGAUAAUGAAGCAAAUGCUACCUCCGAAUGCAAAAAUCUCAAAGGAAGCCAAAGAAACUAUGCAAGAAUGUGUUUCGGAGUUCAUUAGCUUCGUCACAAGUGAAGCAUCCGAUAAGUGCAGAAAGGAAAGGCGAAAGACUAUUAAUGGAGAAGAUAUUUGUUGGGCCUUGGCUACUCUCGGUUUCGACGAUUAUGCAGCGCCAUUGAGAAGAUACUUGAACAAGUACAGAGAGGUAGAAGGAGAUAACAAAGCAGCAAAUCAAGACAAGGUUAAUAACAACAACAGUGAUGAAGGCAAGCAUGAUUGGAAGCAGUAGAAACUCCAAUCUGGGGCCAUUUGAUUGAGGUUAUAUAUAUAUAUAUAGCUUUUAACCUUGUUAAUUACACUAAUUAAUCAACAAAGAUUGGGUCCUAUUUUUUACUUGAUUUCAUGUGUUUUUGUUAGAUAAAUCAUAGAUAUAGAUGACAAGCAAGGCUGUUUGCUUUUAUUCCAUGUAUGGAAACUUUAUG